AUGUGCUGCCGAAGACGCCGCGCCGCCCGCCAGGCUUGGCUCGAACAACGUGCUGCUGGGGGAGGCAAAUGCGGUCGGAGCCGCGGCUGGGGCACCGGCCCUGGUCCUGAUGGCCCUUCGUCUCGUCCCCCUUUCACGGGCGGCCGAAGGGCCUUCCGCCGAUGGCAAGACGCCCCUCGCGAGGAUGCUCAUCAGGAAUCCUUGCACUAUCAACAAGCCACCACUCCCCGCAACGACCCUACUACUAAGGAUAUCGAAAAGGCCACACCUGCCGUUGAGCCUAAGGCUAGUCGUGUACCCUUCACAUUUGGCCCACUUGGAUGGCGGAGGAACUCCAUGGGGACUGAUGCCGACAGGGCAUUGAAGAGGGAGUCCACGAUGUCUCUGCCGCCGCGGUAUAAGUUUGGCGUGCCCGAGGUACCUCAACGGUCCGAUGACGGGGCCGUAGCAAAGAGGGAGUCACUUCCACCCGACUACACUGCUAGCACGAAAUACUAG